UAGCCUACUCUGUUCAGGUGUAAAUGCAGGUGAUUUUUCUCUACAGGUUGGACUACAUUCUUCUACCGAAACUCUGUCUGACAGUAUAGUGGCUACAGACUGGUUUCUAUUUCACAUUUCAUUGAUGUGUUACAGUAAUGGAGGACAAAACUAUUUUUUAUUAGUUUGCUUGAGACGUUGUUACUUCCAUUUAUGAGUUGGCUACCUACUCAGCAUCCCAGAGCACUACCACAAUGAAUCCAGGUAUCCAGGUACUGAUUGUUUUGGCAGCAACAAGUUUGGGAGGAUGUAGAGCACAAGAGUGUGGUAAAGCUCCUCUGGGAAAUCGUAUUGUGGGAGGAAUUGAUGCACCAGAUGGGGCAUGGCCGUGGCAGGUCGACAUCCACUUAGGCAGUAGUGGUCACGUGUGUGGUGGCACACUCAUUGCAAGCAACUGGGUGCUCUCUGCCGCCCACUGUUUUCCCAAAAUAUCGGAAAUUUACUCUUACAGCUUCUAUGUGGGCCGCCACAAACUCAAUAGCUACAACCAGUACGAGAGCCACCACAGUGCCAUCCGAGUAGUUGUGCCCCCUGACUACAUGGACCCCCAGACUGGCAGGGACCUGGCACUGGUGCAGCUAGCUGAACCUGUAACCUGGAGUGUGCGUGUGCAGCCCAUCUGCCUGCCUGUCAGUGGAAUGGCCUUCACUGAGGGUACACUGUGCCAUGUCACAGGCUGGGGUGACACUCAGGAAGGAGUAUCCUUGUCAGGGGUAGGAACUCUCCAGCAAGUCAAGAUACCUAUCAUUGAACAGAAUUCCUGUAACAGUAUGUAUAAGGUCCAAUCAUACUACUCAGAGACAGUGGACAUCCUGCCAGAUAUGAUCUGCGCUGGAUUCAAGGAUGGUGGUAAAGACUCGUGUCAGGGAGAUUCUGGUGGGCCACUCGUCUGCCCCGCAGGGAACCGAACAUGGGUCCAGGCUGGGGUGGUAAGUUUUGGACUGGGGUGUGCCCAGCCUAAUCGGCCUGGGGUCUAUACCAAGGUAUCUGCUUUCACUGACUUAAUUAAAUCAACAGUCUCUAAUGCCCAGCUUAUAGGUGGGGGAUUCCAGAGAGAGGCCAAUGAGGCUUUGGUGCUGGGAUAUUCCUUGGCUUUGGUGUUGCUGGGGAGAUAGACUGCAAAAUAUACACAUCAACUAAAUAUCUAAAACUGUAUUUCUCAAAAUGGUUUUCAGAUGAGAAAAAGGUUUUACCUGAUCUGCUCCAAUGUGUUCUGUAUUUGAACUACACAAACGUUGACCGUAUUUCUCCCAUUAAACGCUGCAGCGUUUAUUACACAAUGUUCAUUUAUGGUGCGGCAUUUAUUCAAGGGCAGUAACCACUUUAAUUAGUAAGAGAGAAUUAGUGAAUUGUAGCUGCAGUGCGGCCAUAGAAAAACAAAGAAUAGACAAGGUCAAACACAAAGCCUAGUGUAAAAGUAAAGGUUGUGGGGGAAGAAUUAUGUGAUUAUUGUCUACAAACCGAUUUAUAUUUCCAAUUUGCACAAAAAGACUAAAUGUAGCGAAGCAAAACUUUUUUUAUGACUGCAUACAGAACAGAAAAGCUCAAUGCAACAUCAAUCAGCUGCUAAUAAUGACCCUCUACUGGCCAAGUGCAAACCAGUUUCAAUUAAUUCACUCAAACCUCUUAAAAGAAAGGAAUCUGCUGAAGAUAAAUGAAAGCUGCAAAGUUUACCCUAAAUACUCAUUGCACAGAACAGGAUACAAAUGUUCUUGUUUUUCCUUAAAGAGUAACUACACACCAAACUUUGUUUUUGUUUGUUAAAGUUUUCCAUUGCUUUGGCAUAUUUUUACAGUUUCAACAUUAUCUAAACUGUAAGUGCGCAAUUGUUAAUACUGUUUUAUGGGACAUCACAACUCUAUUGCAUGUCUGCCAAAGGUAACUGACCCAAAACAUUUACUAUAAUUCAUGCUUCAAAACCAAGUUAUUGUGUCAGUAAAUUGGCCAAUGCCAUCAAAAUUAAGUGUUUUGUCAUUGUGUGAACCGUACUUUUCAAAAUGUGUUUCCACCAUAGCAGUCAACCCUGGAAAUGUUUGUGAUAUACAUUACAUUUACAUUUAGUCAUUUAGCAGACGCUCUUAUCCAGAGCGACUUAGAGUAAGUACAGGGAUAUUCCCCCCCAAGGCAAGUAUGGUGAAGCGCCUUGCCCAAGGACACAACGUCAUUUUGCACGGCGGGGAAUCGAUCCGGCAACCUUCUGAUUACUAGCCCGACUCCCUCACCGCUCAGCCAUCUGACUCCCAUGAUAUACAAAUUAUGAAAUUUUUUCUCUCAUCUUUUUUGUUUCACACUGACUACUUAUUGUACUACACAAUAAUGUCAGUUUUGUCUUUCUGAAUGCUAUUGUAUAUCACACUGAGCUUAGAUACUUAUUGCAACAGGAGGUACAAGUUUACUGGGGAAAAUCAAUACUGUACUACACAGAAAUAUUUAUGUAUUUUGUAUAUAUACAGUUAAUUUGUUUUUAUAGCAAUGUGUUACUUGUGAACAUAAAAUGUACAUUUGCAUGCCCAUGUUUACAUAUGCCUUACAUGUUAAGUCAUAUAUAGUGAAAAGAAAAUUGACACACAAUGACAUCCAUACAACAACAAAAAAAGAUUGUGAUUUCUAUUUGGUUACUGUUAGCUGGUAGGUAAUAUGUCAAUUUAACAGACAUCAAAAACAUUCCCACGUCAUAGAUUUUUAUGGAACAUGUAGGUCUGACAGAUUUUGAUAAUUGAAUGGAUCUUUUUGUAAUCAUAUGAUGAAAGAAUGUUUAGAAGCUGAGAAAAGUAUGACAGUUUCAAUGAGAAUCAACUCCUCGGUUUUGAUCGGCAGGCCAUGUGCAUGCAGUUAUUGUGCACAAUUGUAGACAGUUAAAAGAGUACUUACUCUUUUGCACAUGUGCCAAAAUACGGGCAAUUUGCUUAAAUGAAUAAGAAAUUCAAAUCUGUUGUGGCCAUUUAUUGUUCAGAGAUUUGAAAUUGCUGUUUUGAAAAUAAAUAUUCUCAUUCGAGAAUAGCCUAAGUGAUUGAGAAAAACUGUAAAACCUUAUGUUUAAUACUCAAGCUUUUGUUUUUUAAAUAUGGAGGAAAGUCCUAAGGCUGAAAUUUGGUUGUUUGGUUACUCUUACAGAACUGUUUCCAUGUUGUAGCCUACAUUUGAUGUCUCCUCACUUAAGUCACAAUUGGGGACUAAAGAUCAGAAAUAUUUUGUUUGAGAAAUCUAUGUGUGUAAAAUGUAUUUACAUUAAACAUUAAUUGUAUUUUUCCCCCAUGUGUCUGAUGGGCACUGCA